AUGAUGAAGCACUUGAAUGAUUCUGAGACUUACUCAGAAUCUACAGUAAUCAAGGCAGUGCACCAGCUGCCCGCGGGGAGCGCCGGAGCGCAGAAGCCGAAGUGCAUUAAGUUGGGGAAAAAAAUGAAGAUACAUUCUGUGGACCAAGGAGCAGAGCACAUGCUGAUUCUAUCCUCAGGUGGAAAACCAUUUGAGUACAACUAUAGCAUAGAACAUGAAAGGCCUCAGUGUAUUUUACAGGAAAAAACUAUAAUUCAGAUCACAUGUGGAGAUUAUCAUUCUCUUGCACUCUCAAAAGGUGGUGAGCUUUUUGCAUGGGGACAGAACUUACACGGCCAGCUUGGACUUGGAAGAAUACUUGGCUCAACCCCCACACCGCGGAUUGUGGAGCACCUCUCAGGAGUCCCCUUGGCUCAGAUUUCUGCAGGAAAAGCCCACAGCAUGGCUUUAUCCAUGUCCGGAAACAUUUACUCAUGGGGGAGAAAUGAUUUUGGACAACUAGGCCUGGGCCACACCGACAAUGAAGAGUUUCCUUCCCUUAUUGAAGCACUGGACAAUCAGAAAGUUGAAUUUCUUGCUUGUGGUGGCUCUCACACUGCCCUGCUCACUAAGGAUGGGCUCCUGUUUACUUUUGGUGCUGGAAAAUAUGGGCAGCUUGGUCACAAUUCAACACAGAAUGAGUUAAAGCCCUGUUUGGUGACUGAGCUCGUUGGGAAAAGAGUGACCCAGAUAGCAUGUGGAAGGCGGCACACACUGGCCUAUGUUUCCGAUUUGGGGAAGGUCUUUUCUUUUGGCUCUGGAAAAGAAGGACAACUGGGAAACCAUGGAGCACAUAAUCAGCUGAUACCACUUCCCAUGAAAUUGCCAUCGAAUGAAGAACUCACAGUCGAAAGCCAUACCUCAGAAAAGGAGUUAAUAAUAAUUGCUGGAGGGAAUCAAAGCAUUUUGCUCUGGAUAAAAAAAGAGAGUCCCUAUGUUAAUCUGAGGAGGAAGAUUCCUACACUGAAUGAAAGGACUGUAAAGAGGUGGAUUGCUGAUGUGGGGACAAAGCAGGGGCAAAACACAAAAAGGGAAAUCAAAGAGAUAUUUUCGUCUCCUGCUUGUCUGACUGGAAGUUUUGUAAGGGAAAGAAUAGCUGCAGAAGCAGUGUUUAUUCAUUUGGACUUAAAUAAAGCAAGAAACACCUUUAAGGAGUUAACCCAGAAGGACUGGCUUGCUAACAUGAUAACCACAUGUCUCAGGGAUUAUCUGCUCAAAAAUCUUCCAUUUCUUUCUCCCCACCAAGAAGCUUUAGAAAUAUUCUUCCUUCUCCCAGAGUGUCCCAUGAUGCAUGAUUUUAACAACUGGCAGAACCUGGUGAUUCCAUUUGCAGAGGCUAUUUGUAAAAUGAAUGAUAAAUCUUCAGAGGCUCUGGAGGAAUAUUGGGCAUCUCUGCAGGAAUCCGCUUUCAUGGAACUGGUCCAGAUGUUUAAAAGAGCCAUCAUCGCUCAACUGCAUAACUGGACUGAAGGUGCUAUGAGUAACUGUCUAGCUCUGCUAGAAAUGUUGAAAAGGCUGCAUAGGGUAAACCAGACUAAAUGUCAACUGCCUGAAAAUAUUUUCCAAGUAAACGAAUUUACACACUGCCUUCAUUUUUUUGGAGAUGCAUAUGGACAGUCCUCUUGGGAAAUGAACGUAGCCACUGCAGUAGACAUCCAGUGUCCUGUCAUAUUUAGUCGUUUUCCAUUUGCCUUUAAUAUUCUAUCAAAAAUUAAACUACUACAUGCAGACUCUCUUUUAAAAAUACAGUGGAGAAGACUCAGAGCUUUUUUGCAGUUCACUGGAAUUAUAGAAGACCGAGAGUCCAGUUUAGUGUUGAUGUCCACCUUUAAUCUAACGGUCAGAAGGAGCCACUUGAUUGAGGAUGUUUUGAAGCAUUUAAAUCAAUUUGAGAAUGAAGAUCUGAGGGUGGAGUUAUCGGUUUCGUUUAGUGGAGAAAUUGAACAUGACUUUGGAGGAGUCAGGGCAGAGUUUUUCCACUGUCUGUUUGAAGAGAUGACCCAGCCAGAAUAUGGGAUGUUCAUGUAUCCUAAAGAGGCUACCUACAUGUGGUUUCCUGUUAGACCUAAAUUUGAAGAGAAGAGAUAUUUCUUCUUUGGGAUUCUGUGUGGACUUACUCUUUUCAACGGCAAUGUUGCAAAUAUCCCUUUCCCACUGGCUCUGUUUAAGAAACUUUUGGACCAAACACCAUCAUUGGAAGACUUGAAAGAACUCAGCCCUGUUUUGGGAAAGAAUUUGCAGAUACUUCUGGAUGAUGAAAGUGCUGACUUUGAAGAAGUAUUUUAUAUCCAUUUUAAUGUGAACUGGGACAAAACCGAUGUAGACUUAAUUCCGAAUGGAAGUGACAUAAUUGUCAACCAGACUAACAAGACAGACUAUGUUUCUAAGUAUGUCGAUUACAUCUUCAACAUCUCUGUAAAGGCAGUUUAUGAAGAAUUUCAAAGAGGAUUUUAUAAAGUGUGUGACAAAGGAAUUAUUGCAAUUUUCUAUCCUGAAGAACUAAAGGAUGUGAUUAUUGGAAAUACAGAUGAUGACUGGGAAACAUUAGAAAAGACUGCAUGUUAUGAACAAGGAUAUGACAGUUCACAUCCCACCAUAGUGAUGUUUUGGAAGGCUUUACACAAAUUGACUUUGGAGGAAAAGAAGAAAUUCCUUGUGUUUCUUUCAGGAACCGACAGAAUUCAAGUAAAAGGUUUAAUGAGCACGAAAAUAACAUUUCGCUGUCCUGAAAAUGUGAAUGAGAAAGAUCCCAUCAGAGCACUUACAUGUUUCCGUAUCCUCUACCUCCCUAAAUAUUCUACAAUGGAAAGAGUGGAAGAAGCGCUUCAAGUGGCCAUCAACAGCAGCAGAGGAUUUGGCUGA